AUGAGUAGAAGAAGUAGUAAUAAUGACGGCGGCAGUGCACCCCCGGCUGAGGGUGAUUCAGCCGAGAAGCGACCCCAAUCGGACGCGACACUAGUCGAGACGACGCAGAGGCCCUCUCCGUCCCCGAUGGAAGCGGCAGGGACCACCACGGGUGGAGGCGCGCUAACGCGCGCCGCUAAAACUACCCUAACCAACUCCCGGACCACCGUGGCUGCCAAAUCCAAGACUGCGCCGAAGAAGAAACCCGUAAUUACUUCAUCGGUGACGGGGAGAAACCUACUGACGGGCUGGGCUAUUAAAAAGACAGCGACAACGACUACGAGGAAGAGCGGGACGCCGUCCAGCCCCGCCGAUGGACGACCUCCAUCCACGGGGAGUCCCGCCACCCCGCCGACCGUGGACCUCACCACCCCACCAGCGGGGACCGGCGCCGCAAAGAGGACCAGCGGCGGGCCAGUGUCAAUGAGGAGGCCAAGCGGGGGGGUAACUUCCACCUUAACCCCCUCUCUAAAGGAAAAAGGGAAGAGCCCGGGGACUAAGAGAAGGACUACCCGGGCCACAACGGAGCCUCCUCAACCUGGCCCGCCCCGACGAACCACCACCACCACAAGGAAGGUGACGAGGGGCACGUCGUCGACCACAACCACCAUGACCACCAGGAGGAUGACACGGGCAACCUCCCUCCCGCCCGUGUCAAGAGAAGAUGGAGCCGGGGGCGCAUCAACAGCCCAAGCGCCCCCCACCAGGCCAGUGGUCGCGACGUGCACCUUCGCGACGGCGGGAACACUGACCCUGACGACGACCUCGGUCUAUAGCAAACCGGUGGCCGUCGUCACCGUCGCAACAAGAAGGAGCGGGGGGGGAACCUCGCCGAGGGGGCUCAAGAAGAGGAUCCAGCAGGAUACGGUGCUCCUGGAGUCCGCGCCGACGACCAGGGCGCGGGCUGCCAGGGCAACCACAGAGCCCCCUCGGACCCCCCCAAGGACAAGACUACAAACAAAGCAGCAGAGGAGGAGCCCACCACCAUCCGUGGGCUCCGCGACGGUGAACGACGUGGCCACCUCAAGGACACCAGAAGAGCGCCCUGCAACAAAGAGAAAUACCCGGGCAAAAACUCUAUCGCCCGGGUCGACACAAGGGAGGAAGACGACAGGGGACGGACCUACCACCUUACCGUCCCCCACUGCAGGGCGCUCAGGGAGGAGGUUCAUCCUCCCAGCUAUAGCCGAGGCGUCGCCAGCGGUCACUGCGGCGCCGGGAAAGGAAAAGAAGAUGGAAAGAAGACCAGGAGUGGAAGAGGAUGCAAGGGACGGGUGGGACGUCACGCCGCGGUACACGAGGAGAAGGGCUGGGCGGCAGGAAGAGGAGGGAGUUUUGACGACCCCGUCACCGAAGACGCAGGCGCGGCAGCCACGGCAGCAACAACAACAGCAACAAGACGAGGAAAUGGUCCGGGGGCCACCCGUGGUAAGGACCCCUACGGGGGCAGAGCAGAGGCCUCCAAGCAGACCACUGACUGUCGAUAGGGCCACUAGCCCUAUGUCGCCAGCAGUGUGA